GCGGUCUCGCAGUUUCUUGCACGCGGUGCGACAUCAUCUCCGCCAGUUGACAGUGUACCUGUGUCCGAGCCGUAUAUCAGAUCUCCAUCGCGCGCGAAUAUGUAAUGACGAUACGAAUUUCGCUCGAGUUCCGAAUUCACGAAUUUCGUUCGACAAAUGAUUCGUUGCAGUAAAGUUGCAGUGCUAUCGUACAAUAAGUGGGCAGCUAUUCAGUGAACAAUACCCGACGACGAGCGUAGGAGAUACCAAAAAAAAACCGCAACAACAACAACAACAACAACAGCAGACACAAGCGCACACCGUCUCAACCAUCCACACAAAAUGUAUAUCGCAGCGGAGGAUCGGAGUUUUCUCCCGUAUAUAUUAAAAACCAACAUGAUCAACGAGAAAAGAGUCGCCACGGACAAGUGGGCACUCGUAAUAUUUAUCAUAGCAGUUCUAGUGUGGAUUCCCGUAAUAGUCAUUGCAACAAUAACGUGUACGGAUAAAAAAAUGUGUUUCACGCCUCUCGACCACAUCUUCAGCACAACCACCGACAUAAACAGCGCUUCCAGCAUUAUCGCGAUGAUCGGCUACAUCAUACUCGGCGCGUUCAUCACGAGGCUCGUCUUCGUUCUGACUUACUACUGCCCGAGUGUCAUGACCCGGCUAACUUUCCUGGUUCUCUGGCUGUUGCCCAUAGUGUUCCUCGUUGCGUUCAUCAAGAUGCCGAGCCUGGUUUAUUUCUUCAUGUUCGUGUCGGCGGUGGCCAGCAUAUUUCUGGUGCAUUACCUCUUACCGACAGAGUGGUUUCACAUAACUGACGCCGUCCUCAAAGAAUCUUGCAAAGCGAUUAUGUUUUACCCGACGGUCUCCAUAGUCAGCGCUCUUUGCUACGUGCUGGGUAUUUGCUGCGCUUACGUCACCUUCGCCACCUACAUCAACAUCGAGGGAAUCGAGGGAAUGGGCUUCCUCACCUUCCUCAUGCACAUAAUCAAUUCGCUCGUCGGCUUCUGGGUCGUUCUCUUCAUCGUCGUUUUCGGCCAGAUGGUGUCGAGCGGGGCCUUCGCCACCUGGUACUGGCACCAGCACAAAUCAGACAUUCCAAAGUACACCGUGUUCAGAUGCAUCAAAAUAAUAAGCAGAUAUCACUUGGGCACGGUAGCCUACAGCACGUCCAUGUUCGGAGCAAUGAGCAUACUGUACCUCCUGGGCAUGCGAUUGCUCAAUCACGAAGGCAACAAGGCCGGAAAAAUUUGGCUCGUUCUAUACCACAUGGUGGACGCGGUGGUGGGCCGAUUCAUGGCCGCCGGUGCCGUACUCAAUUGCAUCACCAACGGCCAAGAUUUCGCCGAGUCCGCCUCCAGGACCUUGGACAAUUUUGAGUCAAACAUCAAGAAGACUCUACUCGCCACAAAGAUCAUCGAGUACGUGUUGAUUCUGGCGUAUGUGUUGGUGUCGGGCCUCAUGGGGCUGGCGAUCUAUCCGUACGCCCUGAACUUCACCUACCCCUUGCCACUGGCCGUCAUCAUCUACAUCGGCACGAACAUGUUCCUCUUCUCGCUGCUGGUGACGCUUCACGCCAGCUUCAACGCGAUUCUGAUCAGCUGCUACGAGGACCGCACGAUCAACGACGGCACCACGCUGCGACCUUACGUGAUGCACGACGAUCUGAGGAUGGCCUUCAUUCGCCGAGGCUCGCCGAGGUGGUACGCGUGCUGCGCGACCCGCAAAUCGUAUUACGAGAACUCCUAAAUGAGCCAUGAAGUGAAAGAAAGGGAAUAUAUAAUUCGAAAUUUUUUUUUCUUGUAAAUAUACUCUUUAAUUGUUAAGCGUAACGAGGAGAUUUAACUUUGUUGAUGUUGACGAUUGCAAAAGUUAACUAACUCGCGGUACGUUUAUCGAGUACAAAACCUAGUACAAAUAAUACGACUAAUUUCAGUAUUGUAAAACGUUGAAUUUUUACACUAUAUUUUUUUAUAUAUGUUAUUUAAUAACAAAGUCACUAAUUUAGUAACCGACAAUGUGUACUUAGAAGAAGAAGCAUUUUAUUUUACAAACAAGCUCGCGAACAAGAGUCGAUGCAUUAUGCAAUAUUACAAAGAAUAAAGUUACAAAUAUUCUGCUCUAUCUUGCCAUAUUAAAAGGAUUUUGCGAAGGAAUAUACCAAUUUUAUCUUUCUCUGCUGUCCAAAGUUUUAUAAAAUUUAUGUAUCAAAACCAGACUGAAUAAUCACGAAUAAUAAAGACACUUUUCAAAAAAGUUUUACCACUCUAA